AUGUUGAACCACCAUCGCUUCCACGCUCUGGUCGUCCUCGGAGCUGUGCUCCAGCUUCCCUUUGCCGUCAUGGCAGAGGUUCCUACAUGCGAUCCCUUGCCGGACCACGCGAAUUACAGUGGCGACCACGGUCUCGACAAGAACGGCGCCUGGUGCCCCUACGACGACAGCCACUUCCAGAAACCUCUGGGUGUCGGAUGCCAACGCGACUCGGAAUGCCAGAGAGGCCCAAACCACAGGUCCAUCUACCCAUACACCAAUGGCAAGGACUGGAUGUCUAUCAACUACGACGUCAUCCUGACCCAAGGCACCGGAAUCUGCGACACCGAUCACCAGGGAGGCACCGUGUGCAACGCUGUGAUCCCACCGAUCGAUGCUCACCCGGGUGGGCCUGCUCAGCCCGCUGUUGCCCCCGGGUCAGAUCCCAAGUCGACGUGUCGCGAGAUCCUUUCCAAGGGAGGCGACACCGGUAUCGGCAUCGCGAAUGGAUGCUGGAUCCCCUACGAGGGAACCCGAGUUCUGCAAUGCAUGCUCACGUGCAACAACUCCCCCUCCUGCAGCCCGGGCGACGACCCGAACGAGGUUCACAAAUACCUCGACCAAUUCCCUGCAUGUUGA